AUAGGAGUAGUGAGGGGUCGGACACUACACGUGUUGGACACAAAUGUGGACCAAUUUCUGGGCAUUCCUUACGCCGAUCCCCCGGUCGGCAAACUUAGGUUCGCUAAACCCAAACCGAUUUCCAAACCAUUUCCCGAUAUAAUUGAUGCGACAAAACCUAAAAACUCAUGCAUACAACCGAUGCAAAUGAGUCCGGACUCACCCCUCAGUGAGGACUGUCUGGUGCUUAACAUAUGGACAACAAAUACAGAGGAAUUAAAACCAGUGAUGUUUUGGAUAUACGGAGGGGCUCUUAAUGUGGGCUCAAUAUUUCAAGAGUGGUAUAACGGGAGCGCUUUGGCCACAAAGGAUGUGGUGGUUGUGUCCGUCAACUAUAGGUUAGGACCGUUUGGUUUCCUAUACGGAGAUCGGGAGGACGCGCCCGGAAAUGUCGGCUUUUAUGACCAGUUAUUAGGCUUGAAAUGGGUUAGAGAAAACAUCCACUCAUUUGGCGGAGAUAGGGAUCAGAUCACCAUUUUUGGUGAGAGCGCCGGGAGUUGGUCGGUGUCCGCACACAUACUCUCCCCGCUAUCAAAAGGUAUGUUUCAGAGGGCUAUUAUGGAAAGCGGAGCCCAAAUGUAUAACAAGGACAGGGAUGUGGUCAACAAAACUGAAGCCAUAUCUAAUGGCAAAGCAAUGGCUAAAGGCUUGAAAUGCAAUGAAACCGAGGAUUGGAUACAAUGUCUGCGAAGAGCGGACGCAAAAGAUCUACUCAAAUAUGAGCCCUCAUUAGCAACAUAUCCGGUGUUUGGGACAGAGUUUUUGCCCAUUCGUACACAACAGGCCUUUAACGACAAAAAGUUUAAUACAGAUAUUGACUUAAUCGCUGGCGUGACUAAAACCGAAGGCUCAAUAUUUAUUAAACACGUAAUUAAAGACCCUGCUCAUAUGACACUUACCGACUUUCACAACGGUUUUAUUGGAUUAGACUCAUUAGGCUAUAGGAACAUAAAUGUAUCUAAAGUGACGGAACAUUACUUGAAAGGUGUUAACACUAGCGACUCUGUAGCCCUACGGACAGCAUUUACUGAACUCUUUGGUGAUCUAGUCCUCGGGUGUCCGACAUAUCAUUUUGCCAAACGGUUCGCACAAACUGUCAAAGAGUCGCAAAGGGUUUACUUUUACGAGUUGUUGUAUUUAAGUAAUUGGUUCGCCCGACAGCUGGGUUGCGAUGUAAUGACCAUGGGCAUUUGUCACGGCAUGGAAAUACCAUUUGUAUUUGGUCUGCCACUACUCAAACCCGACGACUAUAUUCCCGAAGACAUAUUUUACGCAAAUUUUGUUGUGAAAAUGUGGACUAAAUUUGCUAAAGACGGUCAUAUGGACGCUGAUUGGCCGCAAUUGCUAAACGAUGACCCGAGCGGUGCGCCUAAAGUGCACGGACUCGACCCCACGGACUUACGGCUAGUACUAAAGGAUCCGUUUCAUGAAACAUGCGAUGGCGUGUGGGCCGACUACUUUUUCUAG